AUGAAUGAAAUAAGUGAACUUGUGCCAAUUGAAGACAAUUUAGUUGCGCAGCAACAAACUAUUUUGUGGAAUGAUGAUUAUUUUUUGAGUAUAGUAUCCGGUGAAUAUAACAGGCCAAUCAGUAUUUUAAUGGAUGAACAUGCGGAAGAACUAUCUAUUCCGACAAUCUACGGCGGUCAGUUUCGAACAUACAGAGAUGGUGUUAUUGUUACUCCAUUCAUGCAAGCUACCAGCGAACUUCGGCGUACUGAUAGGCGUGCUACUGACCCACAACACCUUUUAUACAUCGCUGCUAAAAUCAUGAGGUUGAGAGUUAGUAAAUGUGUCAACGUUGCGUUUAAGCAUGUUGGACAAGGUACUUCAAUUACGAAAGAGAUCAUUCAAUCUGAAAAAUAUAUAAAUAAUUGUUUAGAAACAAAUCUCGCAUUUCUUCGCUGCAUACCAAAUUCUGUUUGGUUUUGGACAGAUCGCAAAAAAGAUGUUUUUGCAAUGAUUAGGCAAUUAGGGCCACCAACUGCUUUUAUCACUCUCAGCGCCAAUGCAACUAGCUGGGAAAAUAUGUUGAAAUUAUUGUACAAAUUGAAAAACGAGGGAACGGAAAUUUCAGAUGAGGUUUUAGCAGAAAUGAGUUAUGUGCAUAAAGCUCAACUUGUGAAUGAAGAUGCCGUAACUUGUGCUAUCUAUUUUAAUAAAAUGGUAAAUUGUCUGUUAAAAAUUUUGCAAUCAAAAAAAAGAAGUCCAUUCGGAAAAUAUAGAGUAAUACAUUAUUUCAAAAGAAUAGAAUUUCAACAUCGUGGUAGCCCACAUGCUCAUAUUCUUCUUUGGUUGGACAAUGUUCCUGAAGAUUUAUUAAGUAAUGAUCCCGAAGUAAUUAAAUUAAUCGACGAAUUAGUUUCUGUGUCAGCGUCAGAGGCGUCUGGAAAUAUAUAA